AUGGCAUCGUUUGGAAAUUUCAACACUUCGGCAGUAGCGGCGCGAUCCGAAGCGACAUUUGCGGUGGCGAAUUUCAACAUCGAGCUCAGUUUGUUCACCAAUAGAAUCACUCCUCCGCGCGAGUUUGAAGAGAUAGGUCAGUAUUUGUCUGCCACUCGCCUAAAAGAAGCCCAAGAAGGUCACCGCCAUAUCAUUGCACGAAAACUCGGGAUUCUCUUCAAAAGCCUCAUCCCAUCCACACCAAGGCUCAUCAAAGCGUAUGGAACCCGUGCUUCGGAAAUCGCUCGGAGCAAUGCGUCCAAUCCACGGGGUGAUGGCCAGGCUCAUGAAGCAACGUCCAUCUGGGUCGAGAUCAUUGCGGCGAGAAAAGAAGAGGUCGAGAGAAAACUCGUCGAAGAAGGAGAAGUCGAGCAGGAGCUCCUCGCAGCAGCAGCUCAGAUGUUUCUCAGAUCUGAUCUCGCCGACUGGGAUGCGAGCGCACGUGCAUGGCUGCGGGUUGCUGAUUCCGCCAUGGCAAAGCGGCAGACCCAGCUUCGAUUAAUCCUCGACAAUUUACGGCUACCCGUCAACACUUCGCGGAAAACAUAUGGCAAUGUCGUACAGGCUUGGACAUCCGCCAUGGUCCAGAUGGAGAAGCUGCUGGACGGAGUGCCCUUACUCCGACUGCAGAGCGGAGACAUUUGCCUGGGUAUGUCGUCGUGGCAUCUCUAUCCCAACAUGGUCCAUCUUUCGUCGGAAAGCAAAACUAUUGAACAGAAUGAUCCCCUCUUCCAAGGUGGUGGCAUUGUUACUUUGGGGCUAGAUCCAGUAGAAUCAGGAGAUACCAAAGCAUACACAUCCAUAUACUGGUCCCUUCCUCUCGCCAAUCUCCGAUAUUAUGGGCUGCCUGUCUCCCGUUGCCGCAACAUCAGCACGACUGAAAGAGAUCGAUUGACAAUGGAUGAGUUCUUGUGGGUGAUGACCACUGCCUACCUGAAACCUUGGGACAAUGGAACUACUGCUAAGAAGAAUGUCAUUCAGUAUUUCAGGGACGUGGCAACUUGGCUUGAGCAGGGAACCUUACAGGCGCACAGCAAACCAAUAUGGUCAAACCCACAAGUAUUCUCUCAGCAAGCUCCGCUGGGAAUCAAGGCUCCUGUCCAAUCUUGGCUAUCACUAUUCGCGAGAACCUCUGAGCACUAUCUAUCCAGACUUGACGAAGUGAAAGUACAGAAACUCAGAAACUUAGGUUUGGAAUACUGCCACACUUUCAAGGGGGAGCCAUUCCAACAUAUUUUCAGCCCACUUAGCUUUUUCAGAGCUGCUUAUGAGAUUGAAGACAAGAUCAAGCUUCUUCGAGAAAUGGCAGAAACAUUGAGUCAUCAGUCUCCGAACAAAGACUAUGAGUUCAUUAUUGAAUAUGAAUUCAAGCACUCGGGCCAUGUGACACACCGAGAUGCUGUGGAAUAUGCGACUGCUCUUCCUGAGACCGAGAUAACUGGCAAUGGAAAGCUUCAAGGUCCAAAAUCUCAUCGACGGUGGUUGUUAAAAUCAUCCUUUGACGACCAACAAUCCUUCGGAGAAAGAAGGCCUCACUUUAACAACCUGACCGACGAUCAAAAGAAGAAUCCCCCAUCCGAUUCACAGCGAUUGGGUUUCGAAAGAAAGCCAGCCUCGCUAGAGGGGAGCAUACCAGCGUUAGAUCGACGGGCGAGAGAAUUGUCUCACUUUGGCGAAAUUAUCACAGCGGUUCCAUCUUCAAAUUCUUCAUUCCCAGUAUUUCAAAGGCAUUUGGGUAGACGCUCUGGUAAGAGAUUGGAUGCAGCUGCAGAGAGUGGUAUAAAGACGAUUGUGUCCCGCGCUGAAAGACGACACCGAUCUGAACGGCACGAGCACCAAAGGAGCUCCAGAGAAGAUCCUAUCAUAAUCCUUCAACUCUCCCCUGGCUUGAAUAUAGUUUACGAGCUAGUCGAAGGCGCUGCUGACGGCAUUGCCUUGUUUCGUCGAAGGCGAGAUCAAGUCCAGCGGUCGCCGGCUGUAAUUCAUCAGGGUGGAAGGAUAACCGUGGAGCAGAACAAACCGAAUACAUACGUGAUGUCUAUCGACAAAAUUAUGGAGUAUUUCACGCCGCCCAAAGUCAACUUUCAGAAGCUUGCAGAAGAACUUGAUCAUAGCGUCGAGCAGGUCGCCCACUUAUGGGGCAUAUGCCUUGCUGCAAACCUGUACAAUAACUUGGACGGCGCAACAGUUGACGUACGCACAGUCCAAAUGGAUUUCAAAAAGGCCCACUGGGUCCGAAGCGCAGCCAACGGCACAAGAAGAAGCACUUUAGCGACGAUAUCGCGGGAGAGGCCAACAAUCACCCGCUACAAUCCAUAUGAAGAAGGCGAGGAGAUGGCCUACGGAUCCGCUCCGAAACGUCAUGUACCGCGUCUGUCAAUGCAGCUCGAAGAUGUUGAUCAUGCAGUUUGUUUUGCAUGCAUAACCAUGUUCGAAACGGGAACGUUCAAUCUUCAACCGGAUCAGCUGUCGAAGGUCUUUGCUGUCUCUGUAGCUGACUCACUAUACAUCGCUUCGGCUCUUCUCCGUGACCCAGCGUCAAACCCGAAAGAAACUGCCAUUCAAAGAUACACAGGCAACAUUAGAAGAGCUGGCAUUGCAUUCCUCGUACCACCACUCGAGCCCAUGAUCAGAGAUUAUGGCAUUGGGGAGUGGUACGAAUACAACCGUCAGGAGUUCGAUGGGACCUUAGAUGACUUUUUCUCCGGUACAAGCCUCCAUCUGACCUUUUCAGAAGCCUCAAUGCAAGUAGAUGUGGGAUACUCAGGUGGCCGAGACAUCGAGGCGUAUCUCUUGGAGGCACUCGUGUCAGUCUAUGACCAGGAACGUCACAUUGGGGAACUCGAUGUUCUGGCUACGUUUUCUAGCCCCCGACUGACGACUGAACUUCUGACGGUCGCCGAAUGUGGACAUGGCAACAACGAGCUCAACGCCACACCGGUGCAGAAUCAGACUCCCGAACAUUCUGCCAACGUGAAUUUCAUGUCUAUCGACAAUUUUGCGGAAAUCAUCAAGCCUCCCUCACAAGCUGGCAUCAUCCGUGCCCGGGGCAAUUGGCAAGCUAGACUUGCUGCCGCUUCCCUUUGCAUAGCAAAGAAUUACAGAGUCAUCCUGAGACCGGAGGGGUUUUGUCUGGCUUGUCUCACGAGAAUGUACGUGGACGGAGAAACGCAAACGGUUGCUUCGGAAAUAGAAACGAGGAGUCGGGUAGUCAUGGUGUUGUAA